AUCGCUUUGCCUCUUAGUGCUAUACAAGCAGUGCGAGCGUAAACUUGUUAUCGUGAGCUCCAGGGACCUAACGUGACCAUGACGGACGAACAGCAGCAAAACCACGAUGACGACAACAACCCCGGGGCGGGAGAUAUGAAGACGGCCUUCGCCACGGGACAGCGAGGCAGGAAGGGCGCCCUCAAGAAGAAGAACGUCUUCAUCAUCAACGAUCAUAAGUUCAUCCCCAGAUUCUUCAAACAGCCAACGUUCUGCAGCCACUGCAAGGAUUUCAUCUGGGGUUUUGGCAAGCAGGGAUAUCAGUGUCAAAUUUGCAGUUAUGUGGUACACAAGCGAUGUCAUGAGUUCGUCACCUUCAAGUGCCCAGGGAAAGACAAGGGCGCAGACUCUGACCAAACGGACCACCUCAACCACAAGUGGGAGGAAUGCAGCUACACCACUCCCACCUUCUGCGACCACUGCGGCUCUAUGAUGCACGGCGUCAAGAACCAAGGAAUGAAAUGCAAAACAUGUAACAUGAACGUCCACAAGAGAUGCACGGAGAGCGUCCCGAAUUUGUGCGGAUGUGACCACACGGAGAGGCGCGGACGCGUCGAACUGAAGAUCACCUGUGUCGGAACGAAGUUGACUGUCGAGGUGCUCCAAGCCAAGAACCUGAUUCCCAUGGAUCCGAACGGCCUCUCCGAUCCCUACAUUAAGGUGAAGCUCAUCCCAGGCACCGACAACAUGAAGAUGAAGACGAAGACCAUCAAAGCCACCCUCAACCCCGUCUGGAACGAGACACUCUCAUGCGAACUGAAGCCCGAGGAUAAGGACCGGCGCCUCCUGGUGGAGUGCUGGGAUUGGGAUCGCACCUCCCGCAAUGACUUCAUGGGCUCCAUGUCCUUCGGCAUCAGCGAGAUCAUCAAGUCCCCCGUCAUCGGGUGGUACAAGUUCCUGACGGAGGAGGAGGGCGAGUACUACAACGUGCCCUGCCCACCCGAGGGCACCGACAUCUCGAAACUGAAGGAGAAAUUCAGGAAAGCGUCGAUCUCCAAGAAGACCCCAUCCACAACCGACAACCACAUUCCCCACAACAUGAACAAGAGGGACAUCAUCCGAGCGACCGACUUCAACUACCUAAUGGUGCUGGGCAAAGGCUCCUUCGGGAAGGUGCUCCUGGCCGAACGCAAGGGCACCGACGAUCUAUAUGCCAUCAAAAUCCUGAAGAAGGACAUCAUCAUCCAAGACGACGACAUCGAGUGCACGAUGGUGGAGAAGAGAGUGCUGGCAUUGGCUAGCAAGCCUCCUUUCCUGGUGCAACUGCAUUCCUGCUUCCAGACUAUGGAUCGGUUAUAUUUCGUGAUGGAGUAUGUCAACGGAGGUGAUCUCAUGUUCCAGAUUCAACAGUGCGGUAAAUUCAAAGAGCCCGUUGCUGUGUUCUAUGCAGCUGAAAUUGCUAUUGGAAUGUUCUAUCUCCACUCCCGAAAUAUAAUUUAUAGAGAUUUGAAGUUAGACAAUGUUUUACUAGAUCAGGAUGGCCACAUCAAGAUUGCUGACUUUGGUAUGUGCAAGGAAGGUAUUGGUGGAGAGCGCACAACCAAGACAUUCUGUGGCACUCCAGAUUAUAUUGCCCCAGAAAUUAUCCUGUAUCAACCUUAUGGUAAAAGUGUGGACUGGUGGGCUUACGGUGUACUCUUGUACGAAAUGUUAGUUGGACAACCACCUUUUGAUGGAGAAGAUGAAGAAGAACUUUUUGCAGCUAUCACUGAUCAUAAUGUCUCCUAUCCUAAAGCAUUAUCUAAAGAAGCCAAAGAUUGUUGUAAAGGUUUCUUGACAAAGCACCCUCCAAAGCGACUAGGUUGUGGACACAAAGGCGAAGAAGACGUGAGGACACACCCUUUCUUCAGGAGAAUUGACUGGGAGAAACUUGAGAACCGGGAAGUGCAGCCACCUUUCAAGCCCAAGAUCCGUCAUCGGAAGGACGUCAGCAAUUUUGACAAGCAGUUUACCUCAGAACGUACUGAACUCACACCAACCGACAAACUGUUCAUGAUGAACCUUGACCAGACAGAAUUUUCAGGUUUUUCCUUCCUCAAUCCAGAAUACAUACAGCAUGUGUAAACAGCCCCAGCAAACUGCUUGUUUGUGUCUGCACUUGUUACGAGAGCAUGCUGUUAAUGAAAUAAGUAUUGCAGUUCUCUAAAACAUUGUAUGCCAAAGUUGAUCACGUAAGUGUAACAUUAGAACUCGUUCAAUUUGAUAAGUAAUUCAGAGUGCCAUCAAUGAUUCUUAACAUGUAGGAAAUGGCAGAAAGGGGUAAGAUUUAUAAAUAAAUGACAAGUACUCUCAGGUUUCUAAACAUUAUUCUUUGAGAGGUGAGAUCUCAUGUUGUAUUAGUAUUUUGAUGUAUUUUUAUUCUAAGGGUUCAGAGCAUUAUUCUUACAACAGCAACAAAAAGGAAGAAAGUCCGACCAAGCAUAACUGCUGCUAUGGUCCACAGGAAAACAGCGUUAAUGGUUUCUUUAACCUGUGAAUAAAAUUUAAAGGUCACAAAUUUAAAUCAAUGAUUAGGGCAUUCUACAAUAACAAUAGUUUUGUAUAUUUUCAUGAAUACUUUUAUAUUGUAAACUAGUCUUGAAUAGCUGAACUUGAGUAAUCCUUAUACUGCAGCAAUGUUAAAAAGGCUGAGAUAAGGUGAUUCUUUAAAUAUGCAGCAGUGUUUAUACAAGUGAUGGAUUGAGUCACUGGUACUCCCAGUAACAAAGUUGUUGGUCGUAUGAUAGGUACUAUUGAGUUGAAGAAUCUUAGAAUGUUCCUUCCUUCAGUAUUAAGUGACUAUAUAGGUGCAGUAUUAUUUUCUAUUGACUCCGCCAGUAUUUUAUUACCGGUAGCUGAUAAUUCGUUAUUGAAGAAAGUCCUUCUUAAGCGUAAGAGUUUAUGAUGUAUUUUAGUUAAGUACUUAAUUGCUUGUUUAUCUCUUGUGAUAUCAUGGAAUCAUCCUUGAAAAAUGUGAAGUAAAUGACAGCACUUGUAUAGGAAGUCAUUUUCUUGUUUCAGGAAAUAGUAUUUAAGCAUUCCUCUAAAAUUUGUUCAGUUACACAUACCUAGUUAUAGCAUACCAAUUUGUAAGUGCAUUCAUGUCAAAUUUUGCCCUGGUCCUAGUGUUAAAAUGAUCUUUACACGUAGGAAAUUUAAUUUUUUUAAGUUAGUCCGUACAUCGUAGUCGAUAUAAGUGUCCCUAGUCAUCUGGUACUAACAAAAACUACUAGUCAUGUUAUGUUGAAAUAUCAGAGCUGAGAUGAUGAUCAGUUAUUUUGUCAGGUAGACAUAAGAGAAUUAUAACAGUCAUGGGUACGUAUUAUGAAAUGGUCUGUAGCUUUAUUACUGUUAUUCAAUUUGGUAAGUCCUGUGUUUUCAGAGGUCUUAAAGAAGUUAUCAUCAGUACUAAUGACAUUUUUUUUCUAACCACCGUAGCUAUAGCAAAAAGCUUAAUACUCAAUUAUUUUUAUGUACGAGGACAUUGAAAUGAAAAACUUUGAUUAGAUAUCUUAUUUAGAAUUGUAACAAAUCUGAUUAGUGUAAGUUCAUAUUACUUUUCAUUCAAGAAAAUCCAUAGAUUUCUGUAUCAGAUUUUUGCAGUCAGUGGUCUUAGAAGUGAAAAUGGAUGCUUUGUCAAAUAGUACCAAAUGUAAUGCUGCAAUCCUUUGCAGCUGGUAAGACUCUGUCUCUCAUCUUCUGUCUGUAUACAAAAGGAAUUGUUUCUUUUAAUAUGCCAUGUUAAAUGGAUAAUUUGUGCUUACCACUAAUGUUAUACAGUAUACGUAUAUAUAUACAUAUACGUACAUAUGUAGGUUUAUAUAAAUUCAUACAUAUACGCAUACUGUACAUGCUCACAUUCUCAAUUGAUAAUAAGAUUGAUAAGAAAAUUUAGAGAAACAAAAUAAGGCUGCUGGAUUUAAACACUUCAGUAAAAGUAAAAAAUUUAGGUGAAAAAUUUGGUCAGAGAUUAUACUAGAAUUUAGGCUAUUUUUAACAUGAACUUAAUGCCUUCAUACUUAUGGUAUUAAUGUAUUCUUGUGAUACUCUCUCUACUUACGUACUUUAUUUUGCAAUGCUCAGUACUGGGCCUUCAGGAGGAGUGUUCCAUUUCAAAGCAUGAUAGUAGUGGCAUUUCACUCCAAUUCAAAGAGUUGUUAUGUCAUUAGUAACAUACUACUACACAUUCAGACUGGAAAGUCAAUUCAUCCUUUUGGGCCUGAAAAAGGUUCCUGUCAAAAUUACACUUAUACAGUAGUUGCAGAAUGUACAGACAUAAUAAAGGCACUCACCCUGUUAAAGAUUAUUGAUAAGGAAGUAUGCAUGAAAUCACUGCCCAACUGCAACAAAUGUUUAUACAGUAUAAGUGCUUGCAAUUGUAAGCAUCACCUAAAAUAAGAGUUGAUACAAGUGAAGUGAGUAGUACAGGUUUAAGUGAAAUGAAGAGCAAAUGUUAAAUUUCAGAAUUUGAGUUAGUCAUUCAAAAUAUAGUACAAAAACUCGCUUUGAUAUUACACGCACUAUCUACAUCAUGAGGUUGCAUCCUCCAUUCCUAAAUAAACUCUGGUCAGACUAGAUUAGUACAUUGAUGAAAUAUUAUAGCAUUAGUCGUGAAAUGGAGAAACGAAUCCACAGCUACGUUUGGGUACAACGAUAUUUAAAAACUAAUCUAUACAGAGAGCUUUUGGGAAUCUGUUCGAAUCCUCUGUUCAAUCUGAGACUGAAAAGGUGAGUUGAACAGAUUCCCAAAAGCUGUCUGUAUAGAUUCACUUUAUUUUUAAAUAAAGUUGUACCUGUACGUAGCUGUGGAUUUGUUUCUUUAUUAUACAUUUGUUCAUGAGAUAAAAAAAGCAACGGGAAAUUGAAAGCAUGUGCAUGACUGACAUUUUCCACUGUUAAUGGUAAUAGAUUUUGGAUUGGUUUUCUAAAUACAGGCAUUUCCUGGUUAUUGGUGGGAGUUCCAUUCUUGAUGGGGUGCCAAUAAGCAAAAACUGCUAUAACCAAAACUUGGCUAUUUAUGACACUUAUGGUGCCGAUAUCUGGUUAAUGUCGCCGAUAACUAGUUAAUGGCGCUUCUGUUAGGUAUGUUUUGGUGCCAUAACUCUAUUAUCGGUGCCAGAACUCGGCGCAUUAUGGGGCCAUAAAACUAUUAUUGGCACUAGAACUCAGCACAGUAUGGCGCCAUGCUCUAUUAUUGGCAGCAGAACUCAGUGCGUUAUGGCGCCAUACAUUGCCGAUUUGAUGGCACUAGACAAGCCCUAUAAAACUGUAUCGCCAUUAACCAAGUCUGCCAAUAAACAAGGACUGCCUGUGAAGGAUUAAUUCCUGAAAACCAGCCUGAGAAGAACCUUUAUUAGGCUCAAAGGUCUAAGUAAACUAAUCAUUUCUAAUAAAUAAUUAUUUUUUGGGGUAAACAAAAUUUGAUAUUUUGGUCACAGGACCUCUAAAGCAGAGAGGUUAUGAUAACCAAAUUAUUUAGUGAAGAAAUCAGUCACUUUGGUUUCUCUCAAAGAGCUGAAGUGAGCAUAUGUUUGUAGUCAUUUAUUUUCUAAAUCUCUGAAAUUAGUGCUGUAAUACUUCAAAUGGCAAUGGACAAAUAACAGUAGUAUAUGUACUACUGUAAAUUAGCUCUUCUUAAGCCUUUUUCUUUAUUUAUUGUAGUAUCCAGGUAUGUACAUUACAUUAAAUGUUAUGGAGGUAACUGAAGGAAAAUAGCAAAUCUACAACUCACAUACGUUUAGGAGAUACAACUUAACAUUUAAGUGCCUACAGACAAUUUUAAUAACAGCUUGCUGUGUAGAGAUACGUACACCUUUGAACAAUUAAUAAGUGAUUAAUAUAAAUAUUGUAAAAUAAAAAACAAUCAAAAUCUGAGAAUGGCCUGGCCAAAAAAACAAUUUGGAAUUAUGUCAAGUUCAGCGCACACAACUCAAAAGCAACAUUACACAUGCCGAGACUUUAAUAAAAGAGGGUUUGAAUGAAUCUGCUUUGGAAUGGAAUAGCUUGAUCUUUACUGAAUCCAGGUUUUCAUCUUCACUUGAUUCAUAUCUCUGAGCAUCAGCAGUAGGUAAAUGUUCUUGUUGUUUUUAUACCAUCACUGAAUGAUGAAAUUACUGUAAGCAAAAUUUGCUGAAUUGUUAAUUCCAUAUAUUUUAAGCAGUAUAGGGAUAUACAGCCAAUAUAGAAAUUUGAAUUUCUAGGAACCCUGUUAUAUACAUAUUCACCAAGGUUUACAGUACAGUAUUCCAUAGGUUUCAUUGAGGAAAUUGCACUGUAUUUAAGAGUUGAGUUAAUUUUUAGUAUUUUCCUAAACUGCUAACAUGUAGUACUUAACUAUUUAAUGUAGUAUCAAUCAUGUAUACCUUGUAAUUGACACAGUCAGAUUUAUAAAAUCAGUUGUUUUUAAAAUACUAAGAGGGAGAAGCGUAAUUACACAAUCUAAAGCAGUAGGCAGUGUGGGAUUUCAAAAUAGAUCUCCUUCAUGACAUUUCAUACCAUGAAUUAGAGAAUAAAUAAUGAACCUAGUUUUGUGGCUAGUAUCAGUCCCCCCCCCCCCCCCCCCCCCCCC